AUGGCAUUCUCCCGCCUGUCCAUGUCCGCGCUCACCUUCCUGGCGCUGCUCGCCGCGUCGACGGCCGCGCAUCGGACGCCGCCGACGGCUUUCGCCCCGUCGUCGUCGCCCUCGGUCCGGGGCCUGCCUGCACUGGCGGAGCGGCUGGAGGGCGCGGAGGCGCAGCUGUGCUGGGAGGCGCUGGUGGAGAUCAAGUCGUGCAAGGGCGAAAUCAUCAUCCUCUUCAUCAAGGGCGAGGCGUUCCUGGGGCCCGGGUGCUGCCGCGCCAUCCGACUCCAUGCUGUCCUUCAUCGGUUUCACCCCGCAGGAAGGCGACAUGCUCAAGGGAAUGUUGUCCUUGAACUUUGGUAG